CAGCAGCAAUUGCAAUGGCAAUGGCACGGAAAAGCGGUCGGCCACAGCUGACCGCAGCACAGCAGCUGGAGCGGAAGCAUCAUGAGGCCUACUUCCAGCAAAUGAGAGAGCUGGAGCAUGAGAAAAGGGUGCAGCGUGUCCAGCAGCUCAAGGUGAUGUGGGAGGCCGAAGAUCGUGCUGAGCAGAAGCGUGUCACACAGAUGCUGAAGGAGGAGGAGCAUGAGCAGCGUAUCGAAGAAGCCAUCCAGAGGGCAGAGGAGAAUAAAAGGCUGAGAGAACUGGAGCUGGAACAGGAAGAAAAACUGGCAGCUGAGUUAGCAAGAUUAAACCAUGACAAAGUUAAAGAUGAAAAGAUGAGGCAGCAAAUAAAAGAGAACAGUAUUGAACUCCGGGAGCUGGAGAGGAAGCUGAAAUCUGCUUAUAUGAACAAAGAGAGAGCUGCCCAGAUCGCUGAGAAAGAAGCUCUAAAAUAUGAAAAAAUGAAGAGUGAUGCAGAGACAUACAAGGCCAUGAAGGAAGAGCAGGAGAGAGCAGCAAAAGAGGAGAGCAGCGCUGAAGCAAGGCAGAAUCAGGCAAAGCUGCUCUAUCAGCAAGAACUGGAGAAACAGCUUGAAGAGCGAGAAAGACGGAAGCAGGCAGCCUAUGAGGAGUUCCUAAGGGAGAAACUCUUGAUCGAUGAAAUUGUGCGAAAGAUUUACGAUGAAAAUGAAAAAGCAAAACAAGAAAGGCUAGAAAAAAAGAGAGCAACUCAGAGAUUUAUAGAAGAAUUCAAAAAGGAUCAAGCAAUACGAAAGAGAAGGCAGCGUGAAGAGAUGGAGGAGGAAAACAGGAAACUACUGGAAUUUGCCAACAUGUGGCAAGAAAGAGAAGACAACAGGAUGGCAAAAGUCCACGAAACUGAGGAGAAAAAACGAAAGCUCCAGCAAAUGCUUACAGAGGCUCUUGAAAAAGAACAAAAAGAGCGAGAAGAACUUGAACAAAUCCGAGCAGAACUGUACCAUGAAGAACAAGCAGAGGCAGAUAGAAAGAGGGAGAUGGAGGAUAUGGAGAAGAAAAUUAGGCAGCGUUUAGAGUUGCGGAAGUCAUACGAAGAACAACUGGCCAUGAGGGAGGUGUUGCUGCAGGCAAUGAAAGAGGAGGAGGCCAUCUUCCGCCAAACCAUGCUUGCUAAGUUUGCAGAGGACGAUCGUAUUGAAAAGAUGAAUGCUCAGAAGCGAAGAAUGAAGCAGCUGGAGCACAGGAGGGAAGUAGAGCAGCUUAUCGAGGAUCGGCGCAAGCAGUUCCUGGCCGACAAGGAGCGUGAACUGGAGGAAAGACAGUUAGACGAAAGAAGGAAAGGAAUCAUUAGUGACAUCAUUGAGGAAGAGCGACAGAAACUUCUUAAGGAACAUGCUGUUAAACUAUUGGGGUAUCUUCCCAGAGGAAUCCUUAAAGAUGAGCAAGAUGUUGACAUGCUUGGAGAAGAGUUCCGGCAAGCUUAUCAGAAGAACAAAGGUGAUGGGCUUACAGGAGGCAGCUGAGACUUGAUUUUGCUUCGGGAUGUACUGCAAGAGGCUGCCUGAUGGCAUAGACGGCAACACGCUAGCUGCAAAGAUGUCUUUCUUCUAACCCACUCCAUGUAUAUUUCAACUGGGUUGAUUUCUGUAGUGAUAAAUUACUUCUUUCACAA